GUUCUUUCUCUCCUUCAACUUGUGCCGGGGAGGGCAUUCGCAUGCCGGGGGCUAUGCGAAUCUCCAGCAGGUUCCGGCGUGGAAACUCUUCUCCGAGACCCCCUCAUCCCACAAAGAGUGGAAAGAGAAGUUCUGCUACAUCCGGGUGGCCGAGAACCCAUUCCCGGGGGCCCUGCGCAAUCAUUUUAAGAGGCACCCGAAGGUGGGCAAUGCAGUCCUCGACAAGGCUGGGAAGAAGCUCAUCGAGAAGCCUCCGGGUUCCGACAAAGUAAUCACCAUCAAGGAGGCGACGCUCCCUGAGGAGCUGUACUUGCUGGGCUUCCGGCGUUACCGCCUUCCGGGGGAGACGGACGAAAAAUACCCCGAGAUUGACCGAGGGUAUCGAAAUGCCGGAGGCGACAUUAUGGACCCGAAAGCAUUCGCCAGACUUUCCAAUAAGCUGGCCAAAGAGAAGAAGAAGAAGGCUGAGGGGCCUUCCAAUCAGAGAGCUGUGGAGGAAUUUCUCCAGAAGCCGGAUGCCAAAAAGAAACCUGAGGGCGAGGGGCCCUCGAAGGAUGCCGGUGCUGGUGUUGUUACUGAAGGCUCCCACGUCCCGGAGCUCAAAAGAAAAAAUACCGGGAAGGGGACCACGCUCCCGGAGAAGAAACAGAGGAGGGGGGAUGCCGAACAGAAGGCUCCCCCAGUAGUGAUCAUCGACGACCAUCCUUCCGACAAGCCCUCGGGCUCCCUGCCCCUGGCGGACUUGGAUGAAGGGGCUUGGCCCCUUGAGAAGGUGCAGUUCCCUAUUAAGAAGGGGACUGCUAUCUUACAUGGCACCCUCGACCCGAGGGAAUUCUUGAGGGGCGCCACUCCCCCCCUGGAUCGGACCACCCUCGGCCGAUUCGGGGACGAAGCCCUCGAGCACAAGGCCCUUCAGGCCUCGGCUACUGCUAGUUUGGCCUUCGGGGAGCUCGUGAGGAGGGCUGAACAGCACCGCCUCGAGAAGGCCCAAUCCGAUGAGGUCACGAGGAAGCUGGUGGCCAAUAAUACUGAGGCCAUUCGGCAGCUGGCCAGUCUGGAGGAAGCCCUUCGGCAAGCCGAACAGAAGCUGGAGGCAGCCAAGGAGGAAGCCCGGGCCGAGGGGAAAGCCGAGGCCGAGAGAUCCGCCGCUGAGGCCGCCAGGAUAGCCGCUGAGAGGGCUGAGGAAGUUAAGGCUGAGGCUGUUGCCAAGGCCAAAGAAGAUGCUGUUGCCCUCUUCCUUGCGGAGGGGUGGAAAUCCGAGGGCCGGGAGCAAUGGAGGGCUUCCGUGGUAGAAACCUCGGUAGAUAGUUGGGUCAAGGGCCCCGGUGCAAUGUGGCUCGCCCUAAAGGGCAAAAGCUUCUACGAAGGCGGGCAGUACUUCACGCAGGCUAUGUUGUACCGGAGGCUUGCCCGCCACCUUGGCGUAGACCCGAAGGAGUUCAAACCAGAAGAUCACGGCCUCCCCCCGCUCCUACCAGAUGUUCGGAUUCCCCUGCCCGAGGGUGAAGAGAGGGAGCUGCUCGAGGACUCGGAGCUGGCCCGAUGCGAUUCUGACGACGAGGCGGCCGAGGAUGAUGCGGCUUCGAAGCCGAAGGAGGAUGCACCGGGAGGAGUCCAAGCUUAGAAAUUUACAAAUAUUAUCCAUGUAAUAGCUCGUAGUUACCGGCUUCGGCCACGCCUUGUAAUGAACACCUUUGUACUUAAAAUUCUUAUGGUGAUUAAUGUUCUGCCUCCGGGCUUUUUCUGAAUGAAUGCCUCCUGUG